AUGCUCUAUCCAGAGGAGGCACUCUUCCUAGCUGAGCGAGGUGCCUUUGAAAUCUACGAUGGAGACUAUCCCCUGUCGCUGCAAGAAGCCACGGCCUUGCUGCUCUCAAGCGGGGCGCUCACUUAUGCCGAGUACCUGACCUACACACACUUUCGCCGCAAUGGCUACCAUGUGCGCCGACAUCAGAAAUAUGUGCCGGAGACCACGGCUGCUGUUGACACUGAACAACCCGUGACGAAUGAGGCUCAACACCAGCUACCCGGCCCCGCACCAACCGACAUCCAACCCCCUUCGACCUCGCUUGCGCGCCCGGCUCUGGCCAUGUGCAAAACUCACCUCACAUGCUUUCACGCCACAGCGGCCUUGUUUCGAAGCGUUGCGUCACGUUUCUCCUCAAUAGUGGCCACUGUUGAGCAGCUGCUCAGUCCCAUGGGUCGGUGGAUUAGCCCUGCCUAUCAGGAGGAACAGCCGCUCGUGGCCAAUGUCGAUCGCAACAAUCCAGCUCGAGUACUCGAACAAGUACGCAUUGUGCGCCAUACACGAGAAGCCUCAGCGCAACCCAGCAUUCCCUCGCGAUCUGAGGUAUCGCAAAAUUCAGCACCGAAGAUCACCUUCGAUGUCUUCCGCCCCUCGCGAGAAUUUCGCAAGACAGACCCCGGCAUGCCGGCAGCAGCCGUCGUUGUCUGCAGCUUCAAAGCAGAUGUGCCACAUCUGGCAGUCAUCGAGCGGCUGUCGCUUGAGGCGCAUCCAGUACCCCUGAAGUUUGCCUACGAGGACAAUGGCACGAUUGCUUUUUGUGGACUGUUGGAGAUUUUGACGCCCAUUUUUGGUCCCACCGACUUGCAGCGCAGUCUGCAGGAGACUCACGAGUAA